AUGUUCAGCAGAGCUAACUUCUGGCAGCUGAAACGCGUUUUCAGCGAAUAUAUCAGCAUGACUGGAGAAACCAUUUCGGAUGGCAUUAAGAGAGUGUUUAGUGGCGACGCCGAGGUAGCGUAUUUGGCAUUAGUGGCAUUCAUUGAAAACAAAGAACGUUAUUUCGCAAAGCAACUCUAUGCAGCAAUGGAGGUUAAAUGUUAA